AUGACAAGUAGCAAUACUGAAGGUGAGCUUUGCAAAUCAAGAACAACUCGUUGGGCAGAUGUAGAAGCUGAAGAAGAUGAUUUAGAUAUGACAAUACCAAGUGCAAGGUGUGAAGUUGAUAAGAGUUCUAUUAAUACAGGAGAACUUCCUGUGAAUAUAGAUAAGAGUAGAUCUGACAAUAAUCGUAGAAGAUACAAAACUACUCAAAAUAAAAUAGAGCAUAAUAACAAAAAGAAUUUACUAAAUUUACCUAAAGAUCCUCCAUUUAUUUUAAGACUUGCAAAUUUAGACUACAAUCUGCAGCAAAGCGAUAUAGUGGACUUUUUUAAAUCUCACAAUAUUGAAACUACUACCGUCAAACUUUCAACAAAAAAUGGAAAUAACGAUGGGACAGCAAUUGUUGAAUUUGGAAAUUAUGAAGAUCUUGAAACUACUGCUAAUCAAUAUGAUGGUUUUGUAAUUGGAUCUAGAAGUAUCCGUGUAACUGCUGCUUGGACAAGAAAUAAAUUGGGAGAACGUCAUAACCGUGGAAAUAAUGCAGGAAAUAAUACUUUGACACAAUCUGGAGUAUUAUCUGCAUCUAGGAGUCAGAGAGACAAUAGGAAUCAUACCCAAUCUCGCCGUGAAUUAUCUCCUGACUUUACAAUUGUACGUAAGAAUGUAAAAAGUGAGAAUGCAAAGAAUAAUACAUUUCCUGAAGAGCCGAAAAAGGAUGUCAAUACACCUUCAGUAGGAUUUAAUACUGGAGUCACUACAAAAGAUCAAGGUGAACGCCCAAAACUUAAUCUAAAACCAAGAUCUAAGCCACUUGAAAAUGGAAAUAAUAUAGUUGAAGUAUACAAUGAAGCAAAAUCACGAAUAUUUGGAUCUGCAAGACCUGUUCAACAAAAUAUUGAGGUAAAAAGAAAGUCUGAAGUUCAAUCCGGAGUUCAACCAACCUCUGAAGGCAGGACGGGUACCAGUAAUUAUCAAAAACAAGUGACAAAUCCUCAAGCUUCUAACGAAAGGAGAUGGAGUUUUAAUAAUCAAAAAGACAAGGGAAGAUACAGUAAAGGAUAUGGAGAUGUAUAUUCACGAGACUCACAACAUUCUAAAUCUAAAAAUCAAAAGGGAAAUGAUAAUCAGGAUGUAGAUCGCAGUAUGACUCUAUCUAAUACUAAUCUGACAGACAACACACCUAAAGAAGUUAGUUAUAAUCACCAAUCUAAUAAAAGUGAGGUAGAGUCCAGACGUACAAAAUACAACUCAAUAAAUAAUAAUCGCCACAUAAACCAAGGAUCCAAGUGGUCUGGAAGUAAAAAUAGAAAUGACUCUGCUAAUAAGGGACACGUAGAAACAAGAAAUAGGUUUGCUGCACUAGAUGAGAGUUAG